GCGAUAACACUGAAAAUCAAAUACAAGAAAAGGUGAAAUAGAUGACAACUAACAACAAAAUAGCUAAAAUUGUGAGCGAGGCUUCUUCACAAGUCAUUAUUGGCAAAGGAAAAAAGAACAAAUGUAAAGAAUAUCUUACGUCCGAUAAUCCGUACUGCAGUGGAAACGGAAAUAACGUCAAUUACGAAACCAAAAUCCAUAAUCUUCAAUAUAACCGAAAAAUGAUUUAGGAAUUAAUAUACAAAUGUUCCUACAAUAAAUUUUCGAUAUCCAGAAAGUUAUUAAGUGUAUAAAGUACAUUAAUUACUUGCAAUAUAUAAUCUAUUCGAGUUUAAUUAUAAAAUCUGCGUAAUAUGCUGACUUUAUAUUAUGCCACUGCUACAUUCCUGCAGUCUUCGCGCAUAAAGAACGUCUGUGCAAAAAUUGGACAGCAAUUAGCUCUAAAUACCAGCAUCUCAUUCUAUACGUUGCCUACUGAAAAUGACGAUGGUUUUGAUCCUUCAUUAGCGGCUUCAGAUUUUUGUCACAACCGAAAUGCUGCGCGUGUUUCUGAAAUACUUUGGUUAAAUGGUUCACAUCGCGGUUGCUGUCUACAUCCGGUGCAAGUGGUUCAAUUAAAGCCGUGGAUAUCAUUUGAUGAGAAUAAUGCGUCAAUGGAGAAUAAGCUACUUCCCUUUGCUCAUUCAACAAAUCCAAAAGCUUUUUUGGAUCAGUUUGCUGCUUUAAGGAAAGAGGACAUUUUGCAUCUCUUAUUGGAAGCCGAUAUUCAACCUUGUUAUGAGUUUGAGAAUUCUGCAAAUCAUAUACGGAUUGAAAAUUUUGGUAAGCUAAUAGCAUGGAAGGUUGACUCACAUCUUGCUGUGCUCAUUGAGACUGAUGUGGAACAUUUUACCAAAUUGUUGUUGUCCACAUAUUUACAAAAUAAAUUUCUCAUUAACGAUCAGCUACAAUUACUGAGGAUUGAGUCUAUUAAAUAUGAGGGUAAACCGCAGCCCAUGAACAUGUUGGCCAGCCAUUUGCGCAAGCCUGUACGCCAGUGCGAGUUGAACUUAAGUCAUGAGGAUUGGCAGCGACAUUUAGAGCAUUUACGUGCAUUGAGCGUAUUGGCACAUCAAGCAACUGAGUUUGAGAGUCAAAAAAGUCGUACAGAGGGUAAAACUACAGGUGAUGUUGUCGUUAAGCCAGAUCUUAUACCUUACGAGCAACAGGUAACUGGAAGCGUCGCGAUUUCCAAGUCAAGUAAUUUACAAGAGCCGGAAGCUGUUGGCACAACUACUUAUGCCGAAAAAUAUUCUGAAACAUCCGACACUCUGAUGGAUGUCAAAACAGCUUCAAUUGUUAAACCUAGUAAAUCGUCCAUGGUGACAAAAGUAACUAUAGAAACUGAAAAACCUGUUAAACUUGCUUCACCUUUGUCCAAAAUCAAAGCUAAACCGACCGAAAUUAGAAAGCCAGUUGCUGCUAACACAAAUUCUGGUGGCAGCGGAACCGAAAGUCGCUUCAAAACGACCAAGGUUCCCGAAGCUUCCGCAUCAACAACAGUAAUAGAAAAGUCUUCAGCAAAAUCUGCGCUGAUAUCACCAACACUUCCACUCUCUGAUCCACCUAUUACCAUUUCUGCGGCUGCAGCCGUAAUAACAACAACUAUAGCACGUGCCAAAAUGCCUUCCAACAGCGCGAACCAAUCUACUGAUUUUGAUCAGAUAGCCUCAGGAAUUGUAUCCACGUCAUCACAAAAACAACAAUCGAUACCUUUAGAAACUACACCGCUACAAAAAAAUAAAAAUAGCGAAAGUGACUUAUCAACUUCCACACACGCUUCCACAAGUUGUGAAGCUUUAUCAAAUGAAGAUCAGAGAAAGGGUCUAAGUUUAAAGAGGACUGAUAUUUCUUACCCAAGUAAACCAACCAAUGUAUUUGUUUAUUCCGAAAGCGCUAGUUCGCGUGAGGGAGCACUGUCUACGCUUAAGAAUAUUUUAGAUCGGGAAAGGUAUACGAUUUAUGCAAUGACUCCUCAACAGUUAACACAAAAAUAUUGGAUGAAAAACACGGGACUUUUAGUAGUCUGUGGCAAUGUGCCUACAAAUGUUGGAGAGAUACUAGUUGAUUAUUUUUUGUGCGGUGGUAGAGUACUCUCCUUAUGUUCGGAUAUACUGAAUUUUGUGCUGCCCAAUUAUCGAACUGCCGAGGUGCGUGAAAAUGAACUGGUGCAGUUCUCGUACAAUAAAUGGCAAAAAAUAAAAAUGAUGCAUCAUAUAUUUUGCUAUCAACCUUCGCCCGUAAAGAAAAACUUCUCUACGGAUAGUGACGAUGCUACACAAUCAACUACGAGAAAACCAGCUCUAGUAUGUCCAAGGUCUGUCGAACUUCAGGAUCUUCGUGGUAAAGUGCACAAUCUAGAUGUGAAAGUGCUUGGCACUGAGGAAACGUGGAAUACACCCAGUUUGUUAUUGGCGAACAGCGUGCAAAGUGGAGGAUGUGCAGUUUUCUCGCAGGUACAUUUGGAAACGAAUCCUUCACAAUUCGAAAUGGACGAAUCCAAGUACAAGAUUCUAAUGCAGAAUGAACAAGUUCGAAUGGAAAUUUUAGCACACUUACUGAAUAAGCAUUUGGAUAUAAGCGUACAGCAAUUAAAUACCAACGGCGCCAAAUGCACAUAUCAGGAAGCGUAUUUUCUUGGGAGACACGAGUCAAAAUUUGAAUUGUUGGAGAAAAUUAAGACUUCUGGAGCUAAGAGUAACAUUAUAACCACUUCCAAAUUGACCAUGCAGUUUUGCGAUAAGGGUGAUAAACCCAAAAGCGCUAAUACAAAUGUUCUGCCAAUACUGAUACAUUCCUGUCCGGAGGAUUUUUCAACCGUGGAAUACUUUGAUAAUUUAAAAACCAAAUAUAUUGGACGGCUCGUCAUAUAUGCACCCGUGGUAAGUACCAGCAUGAAUGUAAUAAGCGAUCUGGAGCUAGUGGACGGCAUUGCGGUUUUGGUGCGUCAACAAAUGGAAGGUGUUGGACGUAGCAACAAUCAGUGGAUUAGCCCUCUCGGUUGCGCUAUGUUUUCGUUGCAAUUACAUUUGUCGUUGGAUUCAGCCUUGGGUAGACGUCUGCCAUUAUUGCAACACAUCAUUGGUUUGGCUAUGGUGACCACAUUGAAAGGAAAUCCGACGUAUAAGGAUCUUGACAUUCGUUUAAAAUGGCCCAAUGAUAUUUAUGCAAAUGGCGUGCAAAAGAUUGGUGGUCUUAUUGUGAAAACAACAAUGUUCGGAUCGAAAAUCAUAGCAAAUAUAGGAUGCGGAAUUAAUUUGGAUAAUGAAAAACCUACAACUUGUAUCAAUUCCAUUAUUGCAAAAUAUAAUCAGACAAAUCGUACGAAUAUACCAAUAUUUAAAUAUGAGGAAUUCAUUGCGUUAACAUUUAAUGAAAUUGAAAACAUUCUGGAGAAGGUGAAGUCGGGCGAUUUUGAUUACUUUUAUGAACUCUAUCACGAACAUUGGCUGCAUAAUUUACAAAAGGUAAAUAUAUGCGACAAGUUUGGAAGCCAACAAGAGGCGACUGUCAUUGGUAUUGACGAUGUUGGUUAUCUUCAAGUUAGGACAAUUGAUGGUACAAUAGUAUCAGUUCAACCGGAUGGAAAUAGCUUUGACAUGCUGCAGGGACUAAUUGUACCUAAAUAUAAUUGAAUAGAAAGCGAAAACUUACGAAAUAUGUUCUAAAUCCAUAAAAUCGCUAUUUGUUAAAGCGCAUUUGAAAUCUAUUUAAUAUAUGUGUGUAUAAUGAACAGUUGUUUCUUAGGUAUGUUUGAAUAUAAGUAAAAAAUUGUUAGCAAAAUUGCCAUGACAUUGAGACCUAUUUACGAAUAUAGACUUUGAAACGUAAAAAAAUUAAAAAUAUUGAUUAUGUAUCAUAUAUUGUAUCCAGAAGAUCAACUAGUUCAUUUAAAAAAUUUAAAAACUCCAAAAUCAGUUCAGCGUUAAGAAAUAUUAUAAUAUAAAAAAAUUCAAUUAUUAACAUAAUUGGUUUUUUAAUAAAAUAUGUUAAAUGUGUAAGUUUCUUAAAUGAGAAUACACGGUAUUUUGUUAAUAUGUUUAUGAUAUAUUAUUACUUAGUUUUCAUUAUCAAUUAUUUAAGAGCUUUUGCACGAAGGAGAACUACAGUUAUAUUUUAUAUUAUAAAAUUGACUUAUUUUUAUUUCUUGUGAUUAGGUUUUUACUUAAACCAUAAAACAUUUUAUGCUUUUACUAUUAGUCUUUCUAACAUAUACAAUUUUGUUCCUUGUUUCUACUUUCGUAUUAAGGAGGCUAUACAAAAGGUAGCGUAAUAGUCUAUUAGUGUAGUUAGCGAAAUAUAACAGAUUUUGUGUAGCUUUUUUAGUUAAAAAUAUAAAUGUAUACAUUAUUAUUAUGAAAAUAAUCUACAUACAUUCUAAUGUAUAAGCUUCAUAUUCUAUAACGCAAACAUACAAAUAAACUGUUAAAAAAAAUCCAGAUAUAAAAAUGCAAUAUCCAAUCUACUAAUAUAGACGAGUUUUUCUUAACAAACUAAUAAGUUUUGAUUUAAUAUUAAUAACGAAGAAUUAAAAUAUUAAAAUGCCACUCGCUCUUAUAUAAAAGAAAUAUUCCUUAGGAAUAUUGGUGGUAAGUUUUGGCAUAUAUGCGUAAAAUAUUAAAAAUUUAUUUUUAAAUAUUUACUUCUAUUGUUGGUCUCCAUCAUUUUGUGUAGAGCUAAAAAUUACAAUUUUUACCCCUUAAAAGGGAGUUAAGUGGUGAAGAUACAACACUGUAUACUUGAUAUGUCAUUCGUAUUUCUGUUAUUCCUUUUUCGCAGAUAAAAUUUUUUGCUCUGCUACGAAAAAUUGCAUUUUAAGUGUGGCUAUUUGAGAGUUUUAUUGUAAAGAUAAUGCUCAUAUAAUACAAAUAUCUUCCUAUAAUUUGAGGAAUUCACAAAUAAAAAUUAUUCUACAAAGUGUAAUUUUGUUGUAAUAAUUUUAUGUAAGAUUGCAGUUGCAUUGGACAAGUGAUUACAUACACAUAUACACAAAGAUGUGCAAGUAAACUAUAUAGAUUUUUUUUAAAUAUAAA